GCGGACACUUGGUCAAGACUUCAGAGCAAACGCGUCCUUUUAAGGACACCUCCAAAACUCGGAUCAUAUCACCAUGGGAGCUAUUUGUAGUGCAAGGGAAUUUUGUUUGUUUUUGCUCUUGUUAAAUACUCGCCAAAUCGCCGCUCUUCUAGAGAAUCCAGAUGCAUGCGCAGAAGGAAGUGAUGGAUGUCACAUUGAUGCUAUUUGUCAAAAUACCCAAGCCUCUUACAAGUGCUCGUGUAAAGUAGGCUUUAAAGGCGACGGUAAACAUUGUGAAGACAUCGAUGAUUGCGAUAUCGAGUACAAUGGUGGCUGUGUACACGAAUGUAACAACAUACCAGGCAAUUAUCGUUGCACUUGCCAUGAUGGAUUCAAUUUAGCGCACGAUGGACAUAAUUGUCUUGAUGUGGACGAGUGUGUCUUCAACAAUGGAGGGUGCCAGUAUACAUGUGUCAACACCAUGGGGAGUUAUGAGUGCAGCUGCAAAGAGGGCUUCUUCCUCAGUGACAACCAGCACACAUGUAUCCACCGCUCUGUGGAGGGCCUUAGCUGUAUGAAUAAAGAGCAUGGCUGUGCUCACAUCUGCAAGGAGACACCCAAGGGAGGAGUGGCCUGCGAAUGCCGCCCAGGAUUCGAGCUGGCCAAGAACCAAAGAGGCUGCAUCUUGACCUGCAACCAUGGUAACGGGGGCUGCCAGCACACCUGCGAGGACAUGGAGCAGGGGCCCAUCUGCAGGUGUCAUGUGAGGUACACCCUGCACCCUGACGGCAGGUCCUGUGUAGAGCGGGACGAGACAACUACUGAGAGCUCUGAUCACAACGCCACGUCCUUCACUGAGGUGGACAAACGUGUCAAACGCAGACUGCUCAUGGAGAACUGUGCGGUGAAUAACGGGGGGUGUGACUCCACGUGUAAGGACACAUCCACGGGGGUACGCUGCAGCUGCCCCGUGGGCUUCACUCUGCAGCCUGACGGGAAGACGUGCAAAGACAUUAAUGAGUGUGAGCUGCACAACGGCGGUUGCGACCACUUCUGCAGGAACACCAUCGGCAGCUUUGAGUGUAACUGCUGGAAGGGCUUCAAACUGCUUACUGACGAGCGCUCCUGUCAGGAUAUAGACGAGUGUUAUUUCAAAAGGACAUGUGGUCACACGUGUGUGAACUCCCCUGGUGGUUUUGAGUGCGUUUGCAACAAAGGGUACACCCUGUAUGGACUGGCCCACUGUGGAGACAUAAAUGAGUGCAGUGUGAACAAUGGAGGUUGUGAGCAGGGUUGUGUGAACACCAUGGGUGGGUUUGAGUGCCAGUGCCACCCUGGUUAUAAGCUACACUGGAACAAAAAGGAUUGUAUCGAGGCAGAGGGUUUCCCAGCAACAAAGCUCCCCUCUAAACCGACCUUAAACUGCAGCAGGCAGGAGGGAGGUGACCGCUGCUACCUGACCUGCCAGUCCCAGGUCCACAUCACCAGUGAAAUGUCAAGUUUCCUGCGAAUUAAGACCACAGCCACUUUUAAGUCUGGCACAGGAAAGUGCAACUUGAAACGUAGUCAAGAGAGGCUGAAGGAGAGCCUGAACGCAGCUCACUCAGGUACAGAGGCUUCUAACAACUAUGUGCGCUUGCGCUGCAGCUCGUCUGGCCCCCGGAUGCAGAGCCGCCACGGCAGGAAGGCGGGUUACGAGGAGGAGGGCUCUUCCAUCACGGCUGAGUUUGAGUUGGAUGUGAACCUAGAGGAGGUAACAGAGAGCUGUGACCUGGGCUGUGUGCGCCGGCGCUCAGAGAAGAGGCUGAGGAAGACUAUCCGUACCCUGAGGAAGUCCAUCCACCGGGAGCAGUUCCACCUCCACUUCGCUGGCUCUAACUAUGAGCUGGCCAAGAGGCUGGCGCGGCCAGUGGACCUGCCGGAACACUGUGGGAAAGGGCAGGUACUGGUGGACAGGAAGUGUGUGAGCUGCACUGUUGGAACGUACUAUGACAGGGAUCAGGGAAGGUGUGUUCUGUGUCCAGCUGGAAUGUACCAAGAUGAAGAGGGGAAGAAUUCUUGCGAGGUCUGCCCAGGGCCAGAGGUGAGAGGAAGCCCCAGGUCGGUUGGGGCGCGGAAUAUCUCUGAGUGUGGAGGUCAAUGUCCCCCUGGUCAGUUCUCCCAUGAUGGCUUCAUCCUUUGUCUGCCCUGUCCCCUGGGUACCUACCAGCCAGAGGUGGGCCGCACUUCCUGUUUCCACUGUGGAGGAAACCUGGUCACCAAACACAAUGGUGCCGUGUCCUUCCAGGAGUGUGAGACCAAAGUCCAGUGUUCACCGGGACAUUACUACAACACCAGCACACACCGCUGUAUCCGUUGUCCCAUGGGAACGUAUCAGAUGGAGUUUGGUCAGAAUUACUGCAUCUCCUGCCCAGGAAAUACCACCACCGACUUUGAUGGCUCCACCAACAUCAUGCAGUGCAAAAACAGACACUGUGGUGGAGAGAUGGGAGAUUUCACUGGCUACAUCGAGUCUCCCAACUACCCAGGGAACUACCCAGCCAACAUCGAGUGCACCUGGACCAUCAACCCACCGCCCAAGCGCAGAAUCCUCAUCGUGGUCCCAGAGAUCUUCCUCCCCAUCGAGGAUGAGUGUGGAGACUACCUGGUCAUGAGAAAGAGCUCUCUCUCCAACUCUGUGACGACCUAUGAGACCUGCCAGACCUAUGAACGGCCUAUUGCCUUCACCUCUCGCUCCAAGAGGCUGUGGAUACAGUUUAAAUCGAAUGAAGGGAACAGUGGGAAGGGCUUCCAAGUCCCUUAUGUGACCUAUGAUGAGGACUACCAGGAACUCAUUGAAGAUAUAGUCAGAGAUGGAAGAUUAUAUGCCUCUGAAAAUCACCAAGAAAUUCUCAAGGACAAGAAGCUUAUGAAGGCACUGUUUGAUGUAUUGGCCCACCCACAGAACUUCUUCAACUACACAGCACAGGAGUCAAGAGAAAUGUUCCCCAAAUCCUUCAUCCGAUUUCUACGUUCUAAAGUCUUGAGAUUCCUUCGCCCUUAAGAAGGCACUAUCAUCAAGUUGCUUUGUGGAUAUCUCGGAUACUCCUGAGAAAAGAGUCCUUUACUUCUCCUGCCUGCACAGAGACUGACUGAGUCUAGAGUUGACUAAGAGAGAUGGCCUCAGACACUUUCCUCAAAUGGACUUCAAUUGGACCUUCUGGGAAUAGGUGGGCAGUGGACUGUCAUGGUGCAGACAAGUGUCAGCUCCCGCUGUCACAUCUGGUCUACAUUCUAGAGCUAUGUUUUUUGUACUUCGAUACCACAUCUAUCUCUGAUACUUCCAUACACCCCUGUGCGUGAGCAUUGCAACAUUUAGACAGACUGUCUUUUCCUUUUGAUUUUAAACUUUCAGUCUCAGGAAUAAAGCUUGAAGUGGUAAGCUGAUUUGAUUGUUAGCAUUUAAAUUCAUGAAAGCUUCGAUUUGCAUACGGGAGUAACAACAACAUCUUGAAAAUAAUUAUGGUAAAUGGAACUUUCACCAAUAGCAUAGAAAGCGGAUGAGAAAAUACUCUUGAUUAUGUAUAACAAGUUAACUGAGGUUUAUGCUAAAUGUCAACCACAUAGAUAGUGUAUACUUAUAACAUACAUUAUUAAAGUCAUGUUUCACAUUUAGAUUAGAAUUGUUGACAGAAAUAUGCCUGAAUAUGAGAAAAGAAUAUAGCACAAAUGUGACCUGAUGGUGGGAACUUUAAAGCAUUGUGAUACCACAAAAUAAAUUAUCCUUAUGAAUGUAUUGUAUAUUGUGUAAAAAGUAUUAGAUGAAAAUGUUAACGUAUUGUAGUUAACUGCAUUCCUGACACGUGUGCAGUAUCGACACAUCCCUUCACAACCUGUAUUUUUGCUGUCCUGAAAACAUAGUUGUACUUUAAAAAUGACUGGACAAUGAAUACUCCAUGCCACUGGGCUUUGAGUGAACAACAGAUGCCCAUGGAUCAAGACUAGCUCUUCACUAUGAUCAUUCAAACAGCUACCAAAGACUACUUUUCACUACUCAUAGAAGUGAGAUUAUUGAGGGUGUGACUAGAAAUGUAGAGCAAUAUGAGGGGGAUCAGGUGAGAUUAUACAUUCCAGAUAUGGAACGAGAGGUUUGUGAAAUAGAAUUGCUCUAUUCACUUAUGACUUAGCAGAUAAAUGUAUGUCUAUAUUUUUAUGUUUGUACAUAUAAUAUGUUGUAAAUAAAGUGAAUAAACAUAA